AAGGACAUGCUGUACACCCUCGGCUGGUGGUUCGCCCAACAAUUCUCGGUGAUGGCCUCCUUGGACGGCAGCGUCGCUUCGUACGGCAGCGCAGCGACGGCGGCGGCAAACCGGCAGAGCGACUGCUACGCCCUCGCCGAGAGCCGCUUCCGGCGGCAGCUCUUCUUGCAGAGGGCGCAGGCGUCGCUUGGCCAUCCCGGAAUGAGGCAGGUCGAAGGCAUUCUGAACAACAUCCGCAGCACCACGAUGACUUUGCUGAGCUCCCUGCCUUGGAUGGACGAGGCGGCUCGCGCCGAGGCCGUCGCCAUUGUUGAGGCCACGGAGUUCGAAGCGUGGAAGCGCCGCCUAGGAAACGAUACCGAGGAAGAUGACCGCACGGCUCGCAGCUGGACGCCAGUCGCAACAGGCGCCGCUGGAUGUCAGACUCCACGCUCGCUUCGUACGAGCGCAAGCUAGGACUGCGUGGCACGGCAGCAUCCAGACCAUGGCGCACGUCGCUGGCCUCGAAGUCGCUCACGCCGCCGUCUUCGGAGCGACGGGAAGCGACGGGACGGAGUCGAGAGCGGAAGUGAAGAAGACCAACUGGCUUCCGGGUGAUACGCGGGCCUUAUCGCCGGAGAUGGUCUUCUUCCUGGUCUACUGCCAUUCCACGUGCGAGUCCAGGCAAAAUGGCGGCGGUGGCAGCGACCAGCACGCAGUCCGCUGCAGCAACGUCCUCAAGCGUGUGGCCUCAUUCGGCCGAGCAUUCGGGUGCCCCGCCGGCUCACCGAUGACGUCGGCGGUGCCCAAGUGCUCGUUCUUUGAGAAAUGAAGACGAUGAAGAACAAUGAUUGGGAACUUCUGUGUGGUUGCUGCGGAGGCAAUGAUGCGCGAUAUAUUCGAGAGUCCUCAAGUUUUGAACGUUAUUGUCCAGGUCUUAUGUUAGGAGGCGCACAUC